AUCCAAUCGGAAUGAUUGUUGGUAUCGUAGUCGCGGGCAAAAAUCAACCAUGGACGUGUUUUUAAUGAUUCGACGCAAAAAGGUGACUAUAUUUGCCGAUGCCAAAGAGUCAUCUACAGUGCUGGAUUUAAAGAAAGUUGUAGAGGGCAUAACAAAGAUGGCUCCAGCUGAUGUUAAACUCUUCAAAGAUGACCAGCCUUUAGAUGACAACAAAACUUUAGGAGAUUGUGGUUUCACCAGCUCCACAGCCAGAGCACAAGCGCCUGCCACAAUAGGUUUAGGAUAUAGAGGAGAUGAUGGUGAAUUUGAAGCUCUUGAAAUCACAGCACUGUCGUCUCCUCCUGAAUUGCCUGAUGUCAUGAAGCCACAGGAAGGUGGCGCAUCAAGUCAUUCUCAGGAGCACUCGGACAAGUAGACAUUUUAGAACUGUUGAAAGAUCAUCUUUGAAUGGAUUUGUAUCCAUACAAACCAACCAUGGUACCAUUUUUUCGAAAAAGGAGACCCAGAAGAUUUGGUGUUCCAUGAUGUGGGGAACAAUUUUAGGUGGAUGGGGCUUGUAAAUAACACAUAACAUUAACAUAGUGGGAAGAUUUGACCAGUAUUGCACCAUGUAUAUCAUGAAGACAACACCAUCUGUCAUGAAAUAUGUAUGAGUCGCUAUUGUCUGGUUCCAAUGAAUCCAACGUUUGUGUUUCUUUCUCGGUUUUUAUACUGAAGAAUAUUGUAACCUUAUUCCACAUGACUUAUACAGUUACCUAAAAAUUGUACUAUGAACAUGAAAUGUGAAUCUAUCUGACUGGAUGUUACAAAGUAUAUAUAAAUGCAAUACUGGGAAUAAUAUCAUACCUCUAUAGAACAGAAUCCAGCUCCCCAAUUGCCUUUCUGUUGAACCACAUAUAAAUGUACUUGUGACUGUUUUCUAUGGAGUAUAUUUAUGUGCAAUCCUCAUGCUACAAAAAUGGAACAAAAUUACAAACUAUGGUUUGGUCUGGUUUCAGGGAAAUUGUGUGCCAACAGAUAUUUCACAGUCUGACCUAUGUUUAAAUUGUACUUUACUUAGUAGAAGUGUUGAAAACAAUAAAAUUAAAAUCGGAGUCAGAAAUUCAGUUGGCAAGUUUUCCCUUUACCCCCGAUCUGGAUACGAUGACUUGAAAUCCCAAGAACUUGUGUAGUCGAAUUUGAAAAGAGUACUUCGACUUCUUAGCAGAACUUAAAUCUUAUAAUCCUUGUAUAUGUCAUGUGAAUGUACAGUUUGUAUUGAAAGUUUUCAUGUUCUAAGAUUUAUCUCUGGUAUUCUGUGUCUUCAUUGUCAGUUGGCAUAUACGACUCCUACAAGUGUGGCGAAUGUUUCGUUGCUUUUUACAAUGCUUUCAUUUACAGAGGCCCCUUGCUCCGGGACUGGGUUGAAUAAUUUUAACUUUCCCUCUGAAUGGCAGAUUUUAGUUCAUUUCACAUACGCCUGCAUCAGUUUAAAAUAUGAAGCCUACAUGUACUUUCGUUUAGUUCAUGGCACUUUAUGUUGGUUAAUGUCAUUACGUCUCCGGUUCGUAGAGAAUUGAGAAGUAAUAUUACCCAUGCAAAACCUGGGCGAAAAAGUCUUUCUCUCAAUGCCUUUGAUGAGUAUACGGAAUUACUGAAAAAAGAUGCCAAUACCUCAGUUUUGUGACUUCAGAGCAAGUACAGGCACAUGACGAAAUAAUCCUGUUAAAGCAGUCAGACUUUUUUACCACUGCAUGCGCCGUGUAUGGAUUUCAGGUUAGUUAUGUUGUUAGAGCCGCUAUUACAAAAUUUGUGGAGUUAUUUUUCAAAGUCCAUGGCAGUACUGUAGACACUCUGCUAAUAAUAUAAUCUUGAAAACAUGA